CGACUAAAUUACCUGGAGCAUAAGCAGGUGCAGAAGCAGAAGCAGAGCAGAGCAGGCUCCUGCUCCAUCACCCUCAUCAGAUCACUCCACAAAACCAAAAGCAUAAAGCUGCAGCAAUACAAAGCGUCCUCUUUUUUCUCCUAGCCCUCCUCUUCUCUCUUCAGUCUCCUCUCUUGAGAUAGAAACACAAGUAGCAGCACAAGCAGAGCACCAUCCAUUCACUCAAUUCAGCACACACAUGGACAUGGACAUGGACAUGGAAUGGUCCAUCUUCGCUUCACUUUCAUCAUCACCAUAAUCCUUGUUACCUCCUCCUCCUCCUCCUCUCAAGUAGACUAGAACUAGCUAGUCACAACUCCCAACAUGAACACAUAAAGAAAGGGAAGAAAUCCCAAGAAUAACAAGUCUAGGACUAGGAGGAAGCUGAAGAAAGCUAGCAAGUGAGCUAUAGGAUCGCAAUGGUGGAACCGGGCAGAUCAGCAGGCGUCAGGGAGGCCAAGAAGAGCAGCACCACUUCCAGUUCCACCGCUGCGGCCGCCAUGGUGAAGAAGAAGCUGACGACGACCAAGAAGAGGCCGGAGAAGGAGGAGAAAGCAGAGAAGAAGCAGAGCAGGCAGUGCACGGAGCCGGAGAGCCCGUCCUACAGGUUAGCGCUCAAGAGCCUCUUCUCCUGCAGAAACAGCCACGGCCACGGCCAGCACCACGCGCGGCCGCGGGCGCAGCAGGACACCGGCAGCAGGAGCAAGAGGCUGGGCUGCUCCGCGCCGUCCAUUUGCAAGCUCAGGGACGACAGCGAGAGCAGGCACCAGAGGAUGCCCGUGCCGCCUCCGGAGGAUACCAUGGGCGGCACGACGGCGGGCGAGCCCUGCAAGCGGCGCGCGUCGGUGAGCGGGAGCAGCGAGCGGUGCGUGAAGAAGCCCCUGAGCGAGUCCAAGUGUGGCACUGGCCGCAGCUCGUCGGCGACGGCGGCGAGCAGCAGCAGCAACAGCAAGCAGCUGCAGCGGGGCGGGUCGUCGCUGUCGUCCUCGUCAUCGUCGGGCGGGUCGUCGUUCAGGGCCGGCAUGCAGCUGAGGCGGCUGUCGGGGUGCUACGAGUGCCACAUGGUGGUGGACCCCGUGAGCGGCAGCACCUCCAUGAGGGCCACCGCCUCCACCAUCUGCCCUUGCCCCGACUGCGGCGAGGUGUUCGUCAGGCAGGAGAGCCUCCACCUCCACCAGUCCAUCAGGCACGCAGUGUCGGAGCUGAGCGCGGAUGACACGAGCCGGAACAUCAUCGAGAUCAUCUUCCAGUCGAGCUGGCUGAAGAAGCAGAGCCCCGUGUGCAUGGUGGACCGCAUCCUCAAGGUGCACAACACGCCCAGGACGCUGGCCCGCUUCGAGGAGUACCGCGACGCCGUCAAGGCCAGGGCCGCAGCUGGUGGCGGCGCCGGCCAGCAGCCGGUGGCGAUGGGGGCCAACAACAGGCACCCGCGCUGCACCGCCGACGGCAACGAGCUUCUCCGGUUCCACUGCGCCACCCUGGCCUGCUCGCUGGGCCUCAACGGCGCCACGCACCUCUGCGACGCAGCCGCAGCCGCGGGGGGCUGCGCCGCGUGCGGCAUCAUCCGCGACGGCUUCAGCAGGAGCGCCAGCGACGGCGGGGUGCUGACGAUGGCCACUAGCGGCCGCGCGCACGACGCCGUGCCCGUGCCAGUGCCGGCGGCGGAGGGUGAGGAGGCCGAGCGGCAGCAGCGGAGGGCGAUGCUGGUGUGCCGGGUGAUCGCGGGAAGGGUGAAGCGGCCAAAGGAAGAAGCAGAGCAGGCGUCGGAGGAGGAGGCCGGGCCCGGCGAGGAAGAGGAGUAUGACUCGGUGGCGGGAUCGGCCGGGGUGUACUCCAACCUGGAGGAGCUGCUGGUGUUCAACCCCAGAGCCAUCCUCCCAUGCUUUGUUGUCGUCUACAAGGCUUAGCUACCUUCAAUUGGUUACAAUUUACUACAGUCCAUGCAUGCUUCUAGUGUUAAUGGGUUGGUUCCCUGUUAGUAAGUACUAAUCAGUAGUACUCGUAUUAGCUGAUCAUCACAAGUACAAGUAGAUCAUUCAGGUUCAGAUCACUCCUGGUCCAUGCAAAUGGAAUGCAUGCAUAUUGUUGUAUUGUAUUGCACUGUAUACACGGAGCAGCAGCAGUAAGCUAAGCUAGGACUAACUUGCUGUCUUUUCUCUCU